AUUGCUAGAAGGCAGUGGAAGCCAGUGAAUGGGCAACGCUGUUCUCUUAUCUUUCUCCACUGUCAUGAUAACGAGGUCUUCACUAUAGAUCUUUUACCUAACUAGUCCAGUCUAGUCUAUAUUCAGCAAGACCAAUAUAAUAGUAGCUUCAAGUUCCAGUCGUUACAGUGUAAAGCAGUGUGAAAUGUUAAGAAACUAUCAUGUAUUUCUAUAACAUCCCGAAUUAAUUUUCGAAUUAUCCAUUAUUCAAUCAAAUUAGUUACGUCGUGAAUGAUAAGCUUCUUAGCAUUUUGGUCCUUGGUAAACUGUAUCUACGAUAUCCAGCUAUGAAGGGUUUUGUAAAUAACUUUUCCUCAGUGAUACUCAUUCUACUCUUAUCGUCUCAAGCUACAACAUUCAAAGACGGGAUAAAAACUAACCAUUCAGGCAUUGUGAAACAUAGAACAUCACGUUAUCUUGUUUUUCCAAAGAAGUCCAAUGUUGUUCUGUCAUUGGUGCUAUUGAAAGCCACAAACGUUGGCAGAGGUCUGAACACUCUCCAUGAAAUCGACUUCUUCUUCCCGUUGCCAACAAAAUCAGUCUUUGCAACCACCAGGCAACAGAAGUCACUGCAACUGCAAGUCAUCGAUGCUUUUCAAAUGUUUGGACUAAACGGGACUUCAUGUUUGCACAGAGCGAUCUGUGAAAUGAAAAUAAUUGAUAACAGAUUGAAGCAGUCACAUCAAGAAGCUGAAGAUCUUGUUCAUGAACUGUUGACUAUUUUUCUGGGUAAACUGAAGGUUUUCAACAAAUCACAAGACACAAUCCAAUGUGAUUCUGUUGGAAAUCUAUGUUCGGUAUCGUUUUUAAACUUGUGGCAUCAUUUUUUCUACUCGGUUGUCAAUUACUUUGAAAGAAAUCGUUUGUGAGAAGUAUUGUGAAUGAUUUUCAUGUUAUUCUUUAUUCCUGAAUAUAUUUGUUCUAUGGAAAAUA